AUGACAUCCUUCGUCGGAACCGUUAACGACAACCGUUUCGGCCUAACGGUCGAGCUGGAGCAAGCUAGCACAGAGGAGGUCCAUUUCCUCGACAUCGAAAUAAAGAUAGUAGGACCCACCAUCCAAACAGCCGUAUACCACAAGCCCUCAUCCACCCCCACGUACAUACCAGCCGAUUCCUGUGAUCCGUUCCCAUACAAGGCAGCCGCAUUUAGGGCUCUUGUGGAGAGGGCGUUCUCACACUCAUCCACCAAGCAAGCCCUGACGAAUGAAUUAGCCCACAUAAAAAAAAAAAUAGCAACUGAACACGGAUUCCCGAACAUGACGCACCGCUUAAUUGAACAGUACCAAUGCCGGAAAUGCACCCUAACCGCAGAGAUCGCUGCCAACCCACAACGAGAUAACCCGGCACGGAUCCCCAUCACAUACAACCCUCACCUCAAGACUGUACAUAGAAAAAUAGCCAAAGAGCGCGGGAUUCGACUGGUGUACAAAAGAUGCACCACGAUUUUCCGCAUCCUAAGGAACGAUAAGGACCCUCCUGAUCACACCAGACUCCCCGGAAUCUACUCUAUCCCGCUCCGUGACAAUAGACAAAACGCGGAACUACUAUACAUCGGCUCAACCAAACGCUUCUUAAACACCCGCCUACAUGAACACCAAGCAGAUAUCCGGCACGGGAGGCUGACCACAGCCCUAGCCACAUAUGCAUCGGACCCCGAAAUCGAAGUACACUUCGAGAAGGCUACCAUUAUUGUCAACACGCCCCACCAGCAGCAACUCAGAUGGCUGGAAGCAGCGGCUAUCCACAAUGCCGACCGGCUAACCACCUGCAUUAACCGGAAAGAGGAACUAACCUUGUCUCUGGCCUGGCAAUCACUAUUGGACGCCAACCCACCGCUUCCCCCCCCCACCGCACGGCCGUGCACACAGGAAGCGACCCACCCCCUCAGAACCAACACCCGAUCCUAG